AAACAAACUAGGCGGAGAUUAAUGAACGGAGUUAAAUUCUUGUUCGUUACAUCCCACGGAGAGGCUUGUGAUUCCAGUUUUUUACCACGUGCGAAGAAUUACAAAUGGAACAAGAGGACAGAAUCCGAUCAUUGAAUUCCAAGAGCGAAGAACAGAUGUCAUUUCAAGACAGGAGCUACCCUCCACAGACGUUGUCCAGUCCAGACGAGCCAGAGGCAAACGCGCCAGAAACGGCCAAGUCAAGCGGCCAACAAACAAGCGUCUCGCAGUUUGACUCCGUCAAAAAGGAUCAUUCCGACAAAGACUUGAAGAAACGCAAACGGCGAGUGUUGUUCACGAAAGCGCAAACUUUUGUCUUGGAAAGAAGAUUUCAACAGCAGAGAUACUUAUCUGCGCCCGAACGAGAGGAAUUGGCGAGAAUCGUAAAUCUUACACCAGCCCAAGUGAAAAUUUGGUUUCAGAAUCACAGAUACAAAUAUCGUAAGCAGAUUAGCGAACGAGGACCUUGGGACAAACCGUACUCUCCGCUUUCACAAGGAGCGUUGCUAAAUGGUUCUGGACAAUUCUGCAGUUGUGUUAGUCCUUCGUGUAACUAUCUAAGCGGGUCGCCAUACCAAGGCGACUACUUGCACUAUCCUCCCUCCGUAAACUCUUCCUACAUACAACCUACAACUUAUUGGUAAAAAAUUCACAUUGCUCCCAAAAAAUGCGCCCGCUGUUGUGAACAAAUCGUUGUCAAAUUUUAAGAAAACGCAGCACGGAGUUGAGAUUAUUUAUCGAAAAAGUCAGUCUGUUUUACAAGUAAUGGGAGCAAAUGUUCGUUGAAUGUAUAGCUUUUGUCAAAAAUAGGUUUAAGAAAUGCAAUGUUCAGUUUAGGAGGCAAGAGAAUAAGGCUUGUAUAAAGGUACCGAAAUAAAGCUGUGGAAAGCUUGCAAAUACUUUCUGAAAAAAGUAUGCAUGCCGUAAAUUGUAUGCUUGCUAAGGCAAAACCGAGACUCGAUCUUGGUUAUUUGCUCAGUAGAAAUCGCGUGUAUUUACCAGCAUAGAAAUAACAGAGAGAGGGAUUUUAAAGCUAGUAAAAACUCUAUUGUAAAUAGUCUCGUACUAUGUGUGUAAGGUGAUUAUGUGGUGUUGUACUGCUUGGAGAAGAAAAUCGGUGCUGUUUCAUGCAGAUAAAACAAUGUACAGGAAAUAUCAA